AUGUCUGAUAAUGGGGAGGUCGAGGACAAGCCCCCAGCUCCGCCCAUGAGGAACACCAGCACCCUGAUUGGCUCCUGCAACAAGGACCCCGCCCCCCUCAACCACGGCUCCAAACCCCUCCCGCCAAACCCGGAGGACAAGAAGAAGAAGGACCGCUCGAUCCGGUUCAUCCUGACCGGAGGAGGCGAUAAGACCUAUAAGAAGAAGGAGCGGCCGGAGAUUUCUUUGCCGUCUGAUUUCGAACACACCAUCCAUGUCGGCUUUGAUGCUGUUACCGGGGAGUUUACUGGCAUGCCGGAGCAGUGGGCUCGGCUCCUGCAGACGUCGAACAUCACCAAGCUCGAGCAGAAGAAGAAUCCCAGGCGGGUCCUCGACGUUUUAAAGUUCUACGACUCGAAAGAGACGGCCAACAGCCAGAAAUACAUGAGCUUCACAGAUAAAAGUGCAGACGCCUACAGCUCCUCCACCACAGCGAUAUACACUCGCUCAGUGAUCGAGCCCCUCCCCUCCUCCCCGACCAAAGAUGCCGCCACCUCCCCGAUUACCAUGCCGACCGCCUCCACCGCUGCUGCCGCCGCCGCCAACAACAACAACACCGACAAAACCAGGAAGAAGAAGAUGUCAGACGAGGAGAUCCUGGAGAAAACUAGGACGAUCGUCAGUGUGGGAGACCCCAAGAAGAAAUAUACACGCUUCGAGAAGAUCGGACAGGGGGCGUCUGGGACGGUUUACACAGCUAUCGACAUCGCUACAGGACAAGAGGUCGCCAUUAAACAGAUGAACCUGCAGCAGCAACCGAAAGAGCUGAUCAUCAACGAGAUUCUGGUGAUGAGGGAAAACAAGAACCCGAAUAUAGUCAACUACCUGGACAGUUACCUGGUGGGUGACGAACUGUGGGUGGUGAUGGAGUACCUGGCCGGAGGUUCGUUGACUGACGUCGUCACGGAAACCUGCAUGGAUGAAGCCCAGAUAGCCGCCGUGUGCCGAGAGUGUCUGCAGGCGUUGGAGUUCCUCCACUCGAACCAGGUCAUCCAUCGAGACAUCAAGAGUGACAACAUCCUGCUGGGCAUGGACGGCUCCGUCAAACUCACUGACUUUGGGUUUUGCGCUCAGAUCACUCCGGAGCAGAGCAAACGCAGCACCAUGGUCGGGACUCCGUACUGGAUGGCUCCGGAGGUCGUGACCCGUAAAGCGUACGGCCCCAAAGUGGACAUCUGGUCUCUGGGCAUCAUGGCCAUAGAGAUGGUGGAGGGGGAGCCGCCGUACCUGAAUGAAAAUCCUCUCAGGGCGCUGUAUCUCAUCGCCACCAACGGGACGCCGGAGCUGCAGAACCCGGAGAAACUGUCGACGACAUUCAGAGACUUCCUGAACCGAUGUCUGGAGAUGGACGUGGAGAAGAGAGGGUCGGCUAAAGAGCUGCUGCAGCAUCAGUUUCUGAAGAUGGCGAAGCCUCUCUCCAGUCUGACUCCGCUCAUCGUGGCGGCCAAGGAGGCGGCCAAGAACAACCGCUAGCGAACCUUUGCACUAGUUC